AUGGUUGCCAAUUUGAAGAUUCUCAACACUACCAUCGAUAAUUUGAGCAAGAAGAUCGACUCUAAUCACCAUCAACGAAGUAACGUGAAUUACCACAUGAACCACUACUUCAACGGAAGUCGAUUUGUAAUGCCCCAUCCAAAUUAUGGAUCAUCAUCGACCAGUAUACCAUCCACAGUACGAAACUACAAAUCACUUUGGACAGUACAAAAAUCGUCAUCAGUACUGGAAUCGUGGAAGUCAGAAUGGGAACCAGAUGAAGAAAAACCAUGUUGCCGCGGAAAAGCAGAAGAACAAGAAGCAAAAUGGUUCAGGAAAGAAGGGAAAGCUGGAGAGCCGUGA